AUGAGGGCAAACCUGGCCCGCCAUGGUCGACGGCUCCUCGUCUUCCGCGCGAGCGCGCCGUCAUGCGCCGCCUUCGCAGCCCCAGCCCGACGAGUACCGAUUACGCGACCGGUAGCCCGGCGGACAUUCGAGCGAACCUUCUUCAACGCCCUGUUCCAGAAGCCGCCGCGUGAGGUGCGACAGCCCGAGUACGAGCCGGGGUGGAUGCACAUCAUGGUCUGGAGAAGUCGCAUGCUCGACAACCUGCGCCCGCCACCGCGGAGAGAGCUGAUCGAGGCAUGGAAGAAGCUCAUGCAGGCGAAACUCAAGAGGAGGAUUCCUCUGAACAGCACCCAAGCCUUGCAGUGCCGCCGCCUGCUCCAAUACCUCGCCGAGCCCACCAACACCGACCAGCAAACCAAGACCUUGUCUUCGGCCGACCUCUCCAUGGCGCGGCAGGUGCUGCUUGAUAUUGAACCACACGAAAGGAGCAAGAAUCACGCAGACUUGGCCAGGACCUUGCAUGCGGUGUGGUCCGCGGGCAGCUUCACCGGCAAGGCUCGGGCCCCGGAGGUGCAAUGGAGCUACCUCGUCCGGUCGCUUGCCCGCUAUGGCGAGGCCAAAGACGCCGUGCAGAUGAUCUAUUCGAAAUGGAGCGAGCCGGCGUAUCGAGAAUAUCUGGUCAAGGAUGGCAAGCUCGUCGAGGCUGUAGCCUACGGACUGGCGAGGGAAGGCAGGGAACAGGAACUGCUCGACCUGAUCGAGUAUGCUGAGAUGCAUGGUCUGUCUUACAACGCGGGCCUGCAGGCCAUCAUGGUCACAUUCUACGCCGACCAAGACCGCAUACCCGAAACGAAACAAUGGCUCGCAAAGCCGAUCGCCCAGAGCCAGAAUCGAGUGGAAGUAUAUCAGUCUGUUGCCUCCUUUGCCAGGCGCAACGAGUUGCAAGACUGGGCGAUGCCAAUAUUCCUUGAAUUGGGGCAAUCGCAGCCAAAGAAGAAAUACUGGGAUGUGCUCCUCCAGGCUAUCCUGCUCGUCGGCAGGGGCCUCGGAGAAGUGGAGGCAAUGAUGGCACACAUGGUGGAUCGCAAUGGAGAGUUGUCUCCGGACAUCGGGACGCUCAACGGCCUCCUGAGGAUCGCGGUGGAAGUCGAGGAUGCGACCUUGGCCGACGAGAUACUGGCACUCGGCGCGGAAAGGGGGCUCGCUCCUAACGGAGAGACAUACCUUAUUCUGCUUCGAAUGAGGCUUGCCGCGGGCAAUUUGUCUGCAGCACAAUCUGCGCAUGAACAGGUUCGCCAUUUGGAGCCUUGGACAAACGAGUCGAAAACGGAGCUCUUCGACGAAUACCGAGAACUCAUCAACAAAUACCUCACCCUGCUGGCACGCCAAUCACCGCCGGAUUUUAAACUCAUACUCUCUCUGCUGGACGGAGUCGAAGAGGUGCAGAUCCUCCUGGACCCGGAGACCGUGGCCGCCCUCUGCGUGCGUUUCCUCGAAAACGACCAGCACUUCGAUGCCAUGGACCUUCUCGCAGUGCACUCGUUUUUAUACAGCGAAGCUCAGCGAGAAGUGGUGCAGAAUGCCUUUAUAUCCUUCUGCCUCGACUCGGGAACCAGCACGUCUCGGGCGUGGGGUGGUUAUCAGAUCCUCCAGCAGUUCUUCCAAGACACGAGCUUCGAGCGUCGCACAAAGCUGAUGGAAGCCUUCUUCGAGCGCAAACGCCCCGACAUGGCGUCUCACGUGUUUGGCCACAUGCGCCAGCACCGAAACAAAGACUACCACCCGAGACUCGAGACGUACAUUACGUGCCUGGAGGGGUUCGCCCGGUAUCCUGACGCCGAGGGCCUGGCCAUGGUGCACAACAUGCUCAAGAUGGACACGACGGUGCAGCCAAACACCAAGCUUUACACCGCCAUGAUGCUGGCGUACACUGCGAGCGACCAGCCCCUGACGGCGCUGGACUUCUGGAACGAGGUCACGCAGUCGCUCGAGGGCCCGUCGUAUGCCACGCUCGAAGCCGUCUUCUGGGCGCUGGAGAAGAAGCCCGGCGGAGACAGGAAGGCGCGCGAGAUCUGGGAGCGAAUAGAGAGGAUGGACCUGGAGGUGCCAGCCACAGUGUACAACGCCUAUAUUGGCGCCGUGGCUGGGAGCGGCAACGAAAAGGAGGUGCGCGGCCUCAUCAUGAACAUGGCGUCCUAUGUCGGGGCCGAACCGGACGCAAUGACGCUGGCCGUGGCACACAACGCGCUCCCCGGGCAAGAACUUCAGGCCAACUUUCGGGACUGGGCUAAGAAAAAGUACCGCGAUGCGUGGGCGGAGCUGGACAGGUAUGGACGGCGGCUGAACGAAUUCUCGCUGUGCCAGAUCAAGAUCAAUCGGGUCAUGAAGGCCUGA